AUGAGCCAUCCUUCGAACAGUCCGCUUAGACAAUAUGGAGAGCAUACCAAGGAAGCCACUCUUUGUGCUCAAGAUGGUUUGUUUGAGAUAUGGGAUGGGAGACCGGAUGAAAUGAAGACGGUCGAUCUUAAAGAUAUAAAGAUCACGGGCCGCCGCCAACAUGUUAAUUAUCAUCAUUUUACACCUUUUGGCAGGCCACACAUUCAUUUCUUCAAACCUUCUUUCUUUUCUCGACGACAUAAUUCCAAACUUAAACUACAUUCUUUUACAGAUACCACAUCGACGUCGACAUCCUGCAGCAGCUGGUACUACUUCACGAUGGCUUCCUUCUCAAUCAUUUCCAUUUUAUUGGCUCUACGCUUCUUCUUCAUCGUUUCCGGUGCUCCUACUCCUGUGCCAACUGAUGCAGUGGCUACUACCGCAUCAGCUUCCAGCAGUUAUUGGCUUGCUUCAAUUCAACGACAAGGUAUUGCGCCAUUUGGCGAUGCUUCAUAUCAAAUCUUCCGAAAUGUCAAGGACUUUGGUGCUGUUGGUGAUGGUGUAACUGAUGACACCGCUGCCAUCAACUCUGCCAUCUCCUCUGGUAAUCGUUGUGGUAAAGGCUGUGACUCUACUACUGUUACCCCUGCUCUCGUUUACUUCCCACCUGGAACAUAUGCUAUCUCAGCUCCUAUUAAACAACAAUAUUUCACUCAACUUGUUGGUGAUGCUGUUACUCUCCCAACAAUUAAAGGUCUUGCCAAUUUUGCUGGCAUGGCUUUACUCGAUGCAGACCCAUAUGAUCCUGAAUUUAACUGGUUCACCAAUCAGAACAACUUCUACCGUCAAAUCAGAAACUUUGUCAUCGACUUGACUGCCAUGCCUGCCUCAACUGGUAGUGGUAUUCAUUGGCAAGUUGCUCAAGCUACAUCGUUACAAAACAUUGUUUUCAACAUGAGAACUGAUGGUGGAGAAGGUAACAACCAACAAGGAAUCUUCAUGGAUAAUGGCAGUGGUGGUUUCAUGGCCGACUUGACUUUCAACGGUGGCAAGUAUGGUGCUUUCUUGGGUAGCCAACAGUUUACUUCUCGAAACUUGACCUUCAACAACUGCCAAACGGCCAUCUACCUAAACUGGGCCUGGCUCUGGACCUUCAAGGACAUCAACAUCAACAACUGUGGUGUGGGUCUCGAUAUGUCAGCCGGCGGUGCCAGUUCGCGGGCAGUAGGAUCGGCUACAUUGAUGGACAGUGCCAUUGUAAACACACCAAUCGGUAUUUCUACCGUUUACGAUGUCACCGAAACCGGAACUAACGGAACUCUCGUUAUUGAUAACGUCGACUUCUCUUCCAAUGUUCCAGUUGCCGUGUAUGAUGCCACUUCCAAGUCAACAGUCCUUGCCGGAAACGCCAAAGUCGCAUCAUGGGCUCAAGGAAAGGUCUACACUGGAGUUAAUGCUGGUGCAGCUAGCCAAGGUGUUCAAGAUGCUGUCACCAAGCCUGCAGUCCUCUUGGAUUCUACUGGCAAGCUAUUUGGACGCACCAAGCCACAAUAUGAGACUUUACCAGCCUCUUCAUUUUUGAGUGUCAAGUCUAAUGGAGCUAAGGGUGAUGGAACUACCGAUGAUACUGCUGCCAUUCAAGCAAUCUUCGACAAGGCUACCACUGAUCAAGUCGUUUACUUCGAUCACGGUGCUUAUGUUGUCACUGACACCAUCAAGGUUCCAAAAAACAUCAAGAUCACUGGUGAGAUCUGGCCUAUGAUCAUGGCAAAGGGAUUCAAUGAUCAAGCCAAUCCAAAGGCCGUCUUUCAAGUUGGACAAGUUGGUGACACUGGCUCUGUAGAGAUCUCCGAUAUUGUUUUCCAAACUAUGGGUCCAGCUGCGGGCGCUAUCCUUAUCGAAUGGAAUCUCAAGGAGGCUUCUCAAGGCUCAGCAGGAAUGUGGGAUGUUCAUACAAGAAUUGGUGGUAGUGCUGGUACUCAACUUCAAUCCAACACUUGCGCCAAGAAUCCAAACGCAACUCACAGCAGCAACCCAGAAUGUAUUGGAGCCUUUAUGCUUCUCCACGUUACUGAAAAGGCUUCAAUCUACCUUGAGAACAACUGGUUUUGGGUUGCCGAUCAUGAACUUGAUCUUGCUGAUCACACUCAAAUUGAUCUUUACAACGGCAGAGGAAUCUUGAUUGCUUCUGAAGAAGGACCUACCUGGAUGUAUGGUACCGCCAGUGAGCAUAAUGUUCUUUACAACUAUCAAUUGGUCAACGCCUCCAAUGUCUUUAUGGGAGCCAUCCAAACUGAAACUCCUUACUACCAAUCCAAUCCAGAUUCUACAACACCUUUCACCACCAACUCAGUUUAUGGUGAUCCUUCUUUCACUGGUGGAUCACUUGCCGAUAAAGCAUGGGGUGUUCGCAUCGUUAACUCUGAGGAUGUCUUUAUCACUGGUGCUGGUCUCUAUUCAUUCUUUGAUAACUACAGCCAAGAUUGUUUGAUGACUUCUAACUGUCAAAGCAACAUGCUUUCAAUUGAGGGUUCAGGCAAUAUUCACAUCACUGGAUUGUCAACUGUCGGUGUUGAAAACAUGGUUACAAUUGACGGACAGAGUGGCGCAGUGUUCAAAGAUAACCGUAACACUUUUGCUGCCACUAUUGCAAUGUUCAAGGGAGCUGGUACAGGUGUUAAGUGCUAG